GAGCUUGAAUUACAAACGUAGGGCACGCGUGUGCGCGCCGGGGCGCCGCGUUGUUGUUGUUGUUGAUUGGUAUCUUUGGGUUUACGGAUUGAAUCGAUGAGUCAAGAAAUAGUGUGUUGAACUAGAGAAAUGGGGAAGAAACCAGUGAUAUCAUCUGUGAAGCCAACUGACAAACUUAAAGCUAAGAAGAAAAACAAGGCGAAGCUGUUAAACAAAGAUCUGCCUAAAAACAAAACUGCAAAGAAAAAGAACAAGAAGAUCGGAGGAGGAGCAGGGGCAGCAUUCGCAGCAGGAGUGGCACCAGCAGCAGCGGCGGAUGGCGCCGUCACCAACGGCGCCCAGCCGGUGCCGUGCGGGCCGGCCGACGACAGCGGCGCGGCCGCGGCCGCUGCACUCCGCUGGGUGCUCGCUCCCACUCAGACGGGACCGUUCUUCGACUCGUUCUGGGAGAAGAAGCCGCUGCUAGUGCAGAGAGAAAAGGCAGACUACUAUGGACAGCUGUUCUCCACUGCCAAACUAGACAGUAUACUGCGGAACGAGAACAUCCAGUUCGGCCGUAACCUAGACGUCACCUCAUACUCUGAGGGAGAGCGGGAGACGCACAACCCGGCCGGUCGGGCGCACGCGCCUGUCGUAUGGGACUACUAUCGAAACGGGUGCUCGGUGCGCCUGCUCAACCCGCAGACCUACUGUGGAGCCGUGUGGAGGCUGUGCGCGGCGCUGCAGGAGUACUUUGGCUGCAUGGUGGGAGCCAAUGUGUACCUGACGCCGCCCGGCACGCAGGGGUUUGCGCCACACUACGACGACAUCGAGGCCUUUAUGCUGCAGCUGGAGGGAAAGAAACACUGGCGGAUAUACGCGCCCAGGCCGGGCGAGGAGCUGGCGCGUGACUCAUCUGGCAACUUCCGGCCGGAGGACGUGACGUCGCCGCCGGUGCUGGACGUGACGUUGAAGGCCGGUGACCUGCUGUACUUUCCUCGGGGUACGAUCCACCAGGGCCGCUCGCUGCCGGACGAACACAGCAUGCACAUCACCAUCUCCUGCUACCAGCACGUGGCCUGGGCCGACCUGCUAGAAAAGAUGGUGCCCGUAGCACUACAGACGGCCAUCUCUGAGGAUGUGGAAUUCCGCCGCGGGCUGCCCGUCGGAUUCCUCGGCCACGCCGGCAUCGUGAACGACGAGAGCACCUCCACUCAGAGGAAGGAGCUUCUGGACACCGCCCGCCGGCUGGUGACCCGACUGGCCGACUUUCUGCCGGUGGACGCGGCAGUCGAUCAGAUGGGCAAGCAGUUCAUGCGAGACGCACUGCCACCGUGCCUCUCCAAAGACGAGAGAUGUCGCUCCGUGCACGAGGACGGCGAGCGGUGGGCGGACGGCGCUGUCCGUGGCCAGGCUACCAUGGACGGCUCCACUGAGAUCAAACUGAUCCGAGGAAACGUCGUACGACUGGUGAACGAAGGUGACGAGCUGCGGCUGUACCAUUGCCUGGAGAACUCUCGGCUGUAUCAGGAGAUGCCCGAGCAGUACCUGGUGAUCGGCGACGACGAGCAGGCCGACGCCGUCUCCGUGCUGCUGGAGAACUACCCGAGGUACACCGCCAUCGACCUGCUGCCCGGCACCGAACCGGAGGCCAAGGUGGCGUUCGCGGCGGCUCUCUGGGAGAAGGGGAUGGUUGUUACGCGGGCACCGAUCACGGAAGAAGAGACGGACAACGCAGGCUCGUGAUCGGGAUUGAGGUGCUGGCCUUUCAUGUAAGUUUCUCUGAAGAGAGAUACCUAAAUAUGCGGAAGGAAGCAGAAACUCGUUUGUGAUUUUGUUUUUAGACGGUGCUGCCGGCUUUGCGAUGGCUGGCUUGAGUGGUAAAAUAGCUAAGGGUUUGCUACGCUCGUUAUAUCGCGCUACCUUUAGGUAAAUAAAGGUUCGUUUGUAGAAAA